AGUGAUACACCGAUAUAGAUUUGUAUCAAAAUAAUCCGAAGCUAUUUAUAAAUAUUAUUUUCUCAGCUUUUACUUAUGUUCAAACGUUAAUAGUAACGUCUGAUCUAUAAUUAACUUGUGAAAGUUUAUAAAUAUUACAGUAUUCAAUGGUGAAGUGGUAGAGAUGCAACUAGUGUCAGUGAGUUCGAGAUAAUAGCAGUGCGUGUGUCGUGUGGACGUGGUGAAGUGAUGAUGCGGUCGCAGUGAGGGGGCAGAGCGACACCACGGCUUCGUCAGUGGCGGGCGGCGCGCGGGGAGCCGAGUCUCCUUCGCAGCCCAAUCAGGACACCGUGGAUAACGCCACUCCCACCUGCUGGUGGGCGGCGUGGUCUGCAAUGGGAUGCUUCGGCUCGCCAGGCGGCAAGAGCAGCGAAGACGACGCCAAGAAACAGAAGCGCCGCAGCGAUGCCAUCACCAAGCAGCUGCAGAAGGAUAAACAGCUAUAUCGCGCGACGCACCGCCUGCUGCUGCUGGGCGCGGGCGAGUCCGGCAAGUCGACCAUCGUGAAGCAGAUGCGCAUCCUGCACGUCAACGGCUUCUCGGAUAAGGAGCGCCGCGAGAAGAUCGAGGACAUCAAGAAGAAUAUACGAGAUGCGAUACUUACUAUCACGGGCGCCAUGAGUACCCUCACGCCGCCCAUACCGCUCGAGAAGCCCGAGAAUAAGGCGCGCGUCGAUUAUAUACAGGACGUGGCGUCGCAGCCGGACUUCGACUACCCCCCCGAGUUCUACGAGAACACGGAGGCGCUGUGGAAGGACCAGGGCGUGCAGCGCACCUACGAGCGCAGCAACGAGUACCAGCUCAUAGACUGCGCCAAGUAUUUCCUGGACCAGGUGCAUAUAAUAAAGCAGGCGAACUACACGCCGACGGAGCAAGACAUCCUCCGCUGCCGAGUGCUAACCUCUGGGAUAUUCGAGACACAGUUCGUCGUCGACAAAGUCAAUUUCCAUAUGUUCGACGUGGGCGGGCAGCGUGACGAGCGCCGCAAGUGGAUCCAGUGCUUCAACGACGUGACGGCCAUCAUCUUCGUGACGGCCUGCUCCUCGUACAACAUGGUCCUGCGCGAGGACCCCACGCAGAACCGUCUGCGGGAGUCGCUCGACCUCUUCAAGAGCAUAUGGAACAACAGAUGGCUGCGCACGAUAUCGGUGAUCCUGUUCCUGAACAAGCAGGACCUGCUGGCGGAGAAGGUGCUGGCGGGCAAGUCGCGGCUGGAGGACUACUUCGCGGAGUUCGCGCGCUACUGCACGCCGCCCGACGCCGCGCCCGACGCGCGCGACCCGCCCGACGUCGCGCGGGCCAAGUACUUCAUACGGGACGAGUUCCUGCGCAUCAGUACGGCCAGCGGCGACGGCAAGCACUACUGCUACCCGCACUUCACGUGCGCCGUCGACACCGAGAACAUCAAGCGCGUGUUCAACGACUGCCGCGACAUCAUACAACGCAUGCAUCUGCGACAGUACGAGCUGCUCUAACCGACACACUAGCGCUAAUAGUUUCCGUACUGUCGGCUGGCACCCAGCCCCGACCAGCGACACCGGCCGAGUCCCCGUCGCGCCGUGAUUGCGAGGUACCAUCGCCAUUGCUUAUCGAUUUUAUUACCACCACUCGAUUCUUAAUCGAUACCUAAUCGAUAUUCCAUCUUGCAAAUAUUUCAGACUUGACUUUCGUUGAUCUGUCCCAAUUUAAAAACUGUUUCUUGUACUUGAAUUUCCGAGUUUAUUUUACUGUUUUUAAUAGGCAAUGUAAUAAAUACGUAAUGAAUGGCGAUCGUAUCUUUCUUGUUAAUAACGAAUCGAUUGUCACGGCUAGCGAUGCUCCCAUGGUGUUUCCGAACGUCUAAGUUUCCAUAAGCUGGCAACUUUAGUCGAUUUAAAGUGAGAACUUACUAAACAUGUUACAUGUAAUCGUAUCACGUAUUUUAUCGAGUAAUCUAUAGUAAUGUCACUAAGUCACGUGCCAAGUGAAGAGCCAUAUGCAAUGAUCCAAUUCUAUUCUAAAAAUCUUUAUUUACGUGACACUAUAGUGCCACAUGUUCACUCAAAGUACCGCUGAUAUAGUGACAUUAUUAUACCCAAGCAAUAAUGUUUCAAUCAUUAAUAAGUUGUCACAUUAGUCGAUUUUAUUCACGUACAUCACUACGUUCUGUUUCGUAUGACACGUAGUGAUGUGACGUCGUCGGGUCUUUGGGUUGUGACGUGAUUCGACUAAAUUCGACUGCUGUGAAGCGUGCAGUUAUCGAAUAAUCGCCAGUUAUGUUUAUAUGGUAUCGAUAAAUUAGUCGAUCGGUCUAUUUACGAUAUAUUUAAAUCAGUUGACACACACACAAUCGUACUUAUAAGUUGUUCUUAAUUCUUAUAAUUAUUUGCUUCAAGAUUCUAUAUUAAAUUGAUAGUUGUUGAUUUUAAAACUUUAUUUUAUAAUUAUAACUUAUACGUUUAUCAUUGCGAUAUUCACUAUAGUGCUGGGUUAGGUCAGAAUGUGUAAUCGAUAGCAUUUUGUUAAUGUUAAUCGAUUAAAAUCGUUUGAUGACGGAUAAUCGACUAUUUGACGUUUCGUUGAGAAUUAUUUUAAACUGUUGACGUUUAAGUUAUGUGCUGAUUAUAUUUUUUAGUCGAUUUGAAGUUGGUUUUGAGUCUAGAAUGUGUCUAGGCUAGACUGGAUCGUAUGUAGGUGCGGACGACCCGAGUCGGUGUCGGAGGCGGCACGAUAAGGGUACCAAAAGUAAAAAAAAAAACAUUAAGAAAUUCAUUAGUAUUGAUUUAACUACAUAGACAUACCAGAACCAAAGUGAGAUAUAUUUCUAUAUAUCUAUCAAGUAAAAAAGCAAUAGACAGGCUCUUUACUAACUUGUUUUAAAAAUGAGCUUCAUGCAAGAAUAUGCAAUGCAAUAGUCAUCACAAGACAAAAGUAAAAAGAACAUUUGAAAUACAUUUAUCAUGAAUGUUAAACAUUACAAUAUGAAAGUUUCCUGUGAACGGAACCUUUUUUUAAAAUUGAAUUUAUAGACAACCAAUGCACAAAACUUUCAACGAUAAAGCUAAUAGUUAAAUAAAACAAAGCACAACGUUUUUUAAACAUUUUACUAUUUAUCAACAAUAAGCUAGAAAGCAAGAAUCAUCACCUUUACACAUUUGAAAUGUAUAAACAAUACCAUAUAUCAAAAAUAUAAUAAAGUUAUAAUUUUCACAAAAUUUUGAUGUUACUUGGUACCGGUCGUCGGCCGCCCCGAUCAGCUAUUCGAAACGGUUUUAUAUUAAGGAUCAUGGAUGUUCUAUAUAUACUUCGAGGCUAGUUCGAUAGUAUUCGCUACAAACUCGUGAACACAAGCUUUUUUUAGGUUUUAAGCUAACUUGGAAAUGAUUUUGGGCUAUGUACGAACGAUUUUAUAACUUUAAAAUGUAAUUUUCAAUUAAAAAGCAUUAUAUAGGUUAUAAAAAUGUUUUUUCCCGCACUUUUACGAAACACUUCGUUUCUUUUAACUCAUGACAGUUGGAAUUUGAAAUUUGGAACAAUAUUCCCUCUUGAAUUGUUUUUUUUAAUAGUAUUCGUGCACAGUCCAAGGUCAUGACCAGAAACUUUCGAGCGCAAUCAUAUUAUGCUCAAAUUAGGCCAAAUUUUUAUUUUAUUUAUUUAAAAAUGAAACCCGAAUAUUUAAAUAAUGAAAUAAUAAUUUUGUAGUGAAAUUAUACAAUAAAGUAUAGCCAUUUUUUGUUCUAGAUCAAAUUUAAUGAAAAUAUUUGUUAUAUCUGUAUAUUUUUGAUUACAGAAGAUUUUUAAUUUUAUUUUUUUUCUUUUGGAAUAAUGUUUUGGGUGGGCACUCGUGUGUUAUACUUUAGUCUAUGGUAUAGCAUAGACUACGACUACUGGAAAACCCUACAGAUACCAUAUUACCUUCUAUGAUACUAUAUUUUGAAUAAAAAAGAACUUCAGAUAUUUUCACUAAUUCUGUGUCUAUAAAUGCUGUACAAGUUAUAACGCACAAGUGGCCAUCUUUAUUUAGUUGUUACGUAAUAGUUUAAUGCGUAUUAAUUUUAAUUUAUAUCAAAUGUACGUCUUCCAAUAUUGUCUAUAGGUUUUGAACAUUAUUUUGUUGUUUUACUCGUUUUUAGCACAAUUUUUUGACUAAAAUGUAAUAAUACAAGUGCUUUUGUAGUUUUAACUUAGUUUUUAACAUAUUUUUUUUGGUAAUGUUGAGCUUGUAGUAACCUAGUAACUUAAGGUCCAAAGAACCGAUCGUAUCUAAUACGGCCGGCUGAAUAUCAAUAUCUUAGCAGUAUUUGAUUUAAAAAAAAUAUUUUCAAAGAUUAUUCUAUUUUUUUUUUCGUUUAUAAGAUGGACACAAUUUUUAGCCUUUAAGUACAAACGUAACUAACCUAUCCUAACAUUAUUUUUACUAAAAUAGAAUUAUUAUUAUUAUUUAUAUAAAAAAAAUGAAAUUGGUUUAUGUACUUACACAUUGUGCUAUUUUAAGAAAUAUUUUUAAAAUACAAAAUGAUCUAUCCUGUCGUUAUGAAUCUUAAUAUAUUUUUGAUUUAGUGAUUAUUUCCCGUUUACGGUAUUCCUUAAUUGUUGGGCAACUUUUAGUGGCCGGCUGUGGCUAGGUUUGUGACCAGUCGCGCAACUAUCGCUCUACACUCAUUCCACUGAAACAUUGUAAGAUACCAACGCGAUUUUCAUUGUAGUCGCGGUAGAUUGUCAGUAGACUGUCGGCCCACAGUUGCCCAACAUUUAUAUCACUAAAUGUAACCCUAUUUCAAUAAUUUAUUUAAAUAAUAGUUACCACAGUCAGUGGGCCUCUGCAACCGAACGGUUGUCAUAUACCAUAAACGGCAAAAUAAUAAAGUUGUUAAUAUAUAAUUUGUUAGCAAAUGGUCCUUAAUAUAAGAAAGUUAAGCUGGAGUUUGUGUUAUGUGCCAUAAUGUAGUGUUGCCAGCGGAAACACCAUAUCCUAUGUUACCAUACUAAAAAAACUGAAUAAUUCCUUCCUUCGUAUCGUAUGUAAAGUAACAAAAAAAAAUCGCUAUUUUUUGCUUUCUAAUCGUAACAUUAUCGUUAUUUUUUUUUUAAAUAUAACUAUAUUGAAAUUGUAUUUUUUUUCUUUUGUGUUAUAUAAGUUUUACUUUAAAUGUAAGUAGAAGAGAAUAUAACGUACAUUUAAAAUAUUAAAUGAAACUAUAUGUUAAUUCAUUAACGUACGGGGGGUCGCCGCAGGUUCGUGUUGCCUGUCAAUUAAGCGGCUUGUCUAGCCGAGCGGGCGCGGCUAUUCACUAACACGUUCAUAGUAACCUCAAUCUUAAGACGUGUCUUAUCAAACGAGCAAUACAAACACCAAUAUUAACCGCGUCCGUGAAGUGCAAUAAGGCGACCUCUUUACACGAAAAAUUCAUUGUGUAAUUAAAAAUUAACAUGGCAUUCUUUAUCAUAUAUGUAAAAUAAAAAAAGUACUAUUUGGUAGCUAUUUAAGUAAGAACUAGCGUAUUGCAAAUAAAAAGGAUUGCAAAAUUAACAAAAAAAGGUAUAUUAUGUAGAGUGACGCGGAUGGUACGUAUGUGCUGCGCGUUGUCGGAUCUAACUGACUCUGUGGCCACUGUUGCGACUUUACAACAACAGUUGUUUUGUAAAUAUUUAUUUUGAAACCAUUGUCACACAUUUGUGAAACUAUUUCCCUUAUUUUAACAUGUCACUAGUUAUUUUUCCAUUACUAUACUGAUUUUAUCUAUACAUCUUAUGCUAGCUAUCAUUCACGACGAUCUACAACAUGCUCAUAUCAUAUCAUAUGCAAACUAAACGAGAUUUCAUAAUAUUAAAACAUAAAUCUAAAUAAAAAACACCAAUAACUAUAGUAACUAAAGCAAUAAUAAUUAAUAAUAUUAAAAUAAAUAACACCAAACGUUCAUAUUGCAAGUUUAAGUGGUAAGAGUGGCCAUAGAAUCAUCUGGACAUACUGUCGAAAACUAAUGCAUGCACCCGUUUAGUUUGUCUGACUUCAACUGUAGGCCGGGCGUGGACCUAUCACUUUAUAUAACCAGUUUAUAUAAUUGGAAAAUGGAGAAAAAUGACUCAUGAUUUUAUAAAACAGUGAUAUUGCCGUGUAUCAUACAAAGUUAGUGACUAUACAUGGCUGCUAUGAGAUGUUUUAAGAUGUUCGUGGAUACUUCUAUGCCAGACUCAUUUGAUUGAGAAAGAAAAAAUUAAAGACAUGAGUCGACUUUUUUAAAUAUUCAGUAAUUACUCUUGUGCAGUGGUUUUUAACCCCUAUAUCACAAAGGUGUCAUUAAUAUUCGAAUCAAUUACACAAAGAAUACCCAAACUUGAGUAAACAUGUGGAUCACAUACUUUGCCAUAAAUACUGUGCUGCCAUCUACCAAGCACUUGACUUAUAAUGGAGUACUAACUACUAUCUAAAUUAGUAAUGUAUAGAACUGGUUGUAUAAAGUUAUAGAGUCUGGUUACUGCGGCGCCUGGCUAAGCUUUCGGUAUAAACUACACGAUUAGAGGAGAAACACGAUUUCAUAGGGAAAGCACUUUAAAUUCUAAAAUAAUUUGAUUAGUAUUACGCUUCAGUUGAUCGACUAUAGUCGUUUAGUUAACUAAUGUUAAAGUGUUGAUUUUAUAAUAAAUGCCAGUUCUAAGCUCACAAUAUUUUCGGUUGUUUGUACUUCAAAGACUUAAAAUUAUACGUAAACAUUUUAUUUUUCAACUUUUAUAUGUAUGCAGUGAAGACUAGGCGCUGGAGUAGUCCAGCCGCAUCUUAUCUUUGAAUUUAUUCACAACAUGUAUAUAUGGCGUAAUGGCAUUUUUAGGGGUAUUUCGUCCAUAAUUAAAUGAUAAAUUACUAGAAUUAAACUAGGUGUUUUUAAAUAUCUGAAACACGAAUUGUGUAACGUAACAAGUGGUUUUAUACACACACUUGGAUCAGCGGCCACGUUGCGACGUCAGGACCCUGGCCGAGACAGAGUAAGGAAGUGAUUCCCUUACAAAUGUCUGCACGCAAUGCAAGUGUACAUUGUAUAUUGCUGUCCCACCCAUCCCCUUACGACUUAAGUGAACGCAAUAACAUGUGAGUCAUUGUAACGUGUAUAAAGUUAGCUUAGAGAACAUAAUUUUCUAUGUUUUCAAUAUUUAGAUGAAAUACUGCCAGUGUCGUGCUACACCGGAGCUCGUAGGCUAAUCCGGGAGGCGAAUAUUUCAUUUACAUAUUUUUCAUAUAUCGUGUUCGACGCAAACAAUAUCGACGUAGGUUUAAUACUUUGUUUCGCGUGUACCGAUCCUUGACUAGUAGUAUAUUGUAACGUCCGUUGCCAAUAACCAAAUAGUAUUGAAAGAUUCCUCCUUUUUUAAUAUAUCUUCAUAGUAGUGAUAAGUGGAUGUACUUGCGCACAAGGGUGUGAGGCGUGUGGAGUACCCCAGUAACAAAGUGCAGCGCUCGUCUGCAAAUAUUUUUGGUAAUGUUUUACCUGUACCUCGUCAUCUCCCUCGCUAAUACAUGAUAUGAAGGCAUUUAAUUAGUGCUCAUAGAUUACUUUCCAUUGUAGCACAAAAAUAUAAUAAAAAAAAAACGUAUUUUUCUCUCAAUUUUCGGUAGUUAAUUUUUUAAAUAGAUAUUUUCUAGCAUAGCUCAAACACACUUUGUUUAGUACCGUUAUUUGAGAUCAGCACUUACAUUGUAUUCGUUCUGACGGACUGCGGAUUAUGGUGUAUUUACUCUUAAUACCUACGUUUAAUGAUAUACUGAAAAUCUAUAUUUUUAACAAAUUUAAUUUAAAAAUAUACCUAAUUAAUGAAAUUCCUAAAGAUAAAAAUGAAAUUUUUAAUAUUUAUGUGUAUAGUAGUGUGUAUUGCGAGGUGGUCAUCAAAUAACAAACGCUUAUAAUUUUUAUGUCUCCACAGAUUUGUGCAAAGAGAAUAUAAUUUACUGUCCAUGAAAUUAAUAAUAUUCUAUAACUGAUGUGUACAAAAAUCAGUAUGUUUCAGGCAUUUUGAAUCCGACUUAAUGUAUGUAAAAAUAAAUGUUGUUUUAAAA